CAUCAAUUUAUUUUAUGGUUUCAAAAAUUGUUUUAAACUUUUCAUACUAUUUAUAUAUUUUAAGCUAUUUUAGAUUUAAUAAUGAUAAACUGAUUUAGAAAAUUUCGUUUAAAAAAAGAACAACAUGACAGUGGUACGAUUGAUCUUUAUUAUAAUUCAAAAGAUUAUGUUUGUUUGUCGUUUGUAUGUAUGACCACCCACGUGCAAAUAGGAUGAGAAAUAGGAAGUUAGGUAAACAUCAAAAGGUUGCACAACGGUGUUGAACGCACAUGUGCACGUGCCAAGAUUGUUGGAACGGCAAUUUGAUCGGUUUUGUGGUAAUUAUUAAUUACGUUGUGUUUAACAUUUAAAUCAGCUGUAUCUUUGGUUGGGAUGGAUAUUUUUUGAUGCGAUUAAAACUUUUUUUAAAAGAAUACUACUAGCUUCAUCCCUGUUACCACAGGCUUUCUAGUAUUUGAUAAUAUCAUAAAUCUUGGUUCAUGCCCCUAGAACACUUAUUCAGGAUGUGUCUUUAUGGGUCGAUUAAAAACUGGUAUUUAUUUGUAUUUGUUUAUUUGUACUUUUGGAUGCAGAAAUUAUUGAUAAUAAAAUCAGGUUCAAUAUCCCAUUAUGGGUCACAUACACUUAGUUUCAGAUCGCACCAUAAUAUUCUUUGAUGAUAUGAAGUAUGAACAGAAGUAAUAUGACACCAGGGCGAAUUUCGUGGAAAAUUGUGCAGUUCUAGAUGUAUUGAAUUAUUGCUGAUUAGAGUGUUUCUGCUCAAUGUUUUAUCAGUUAGGUGUUCGAUUUUGAUCAUCAUUGUUAACCCAAAUUAAAAGUUUGUUCAGUUUACCUUAAGUAAUUAUCAACAUGGUGCAAACCAUACCCAAAAUUUUCUCACUUUAAAAUUUAAUACUGUAAUUGUAUGAGUUUGUAUGAGUAUAUAAUAUUUCCUUCAUUCCAAAAUUUUGAAUCUCACUUAAACAAAUAAUUUGUGGCUGUGUAAUGUGUAUCGACUCCCUAGCCUUUCACAAAAAAUCAUUCUUUAGCCUCGAUAGUGCUAUCAAUUUAAUAAAAUGUUUCGUCAGAGUGUUAGAUUAUUUGUAUCAAUUUUUUAAAUGUUCCCAUGAGUUAUUGUGCUUUGAUUAUUGGUAAUCGUUCUAAACAUUGAGUAUAAGUAGUCCAGUCCAUCUUAGAAAUCUUGUGCAAAUUUUAUUCAAAACAAUAAUCAUUGGUAUUUGGUACUUUAACUGAAAAUGUUAAUGACUUAAUUAUAUUUAACUAAAUAAAAAUGAACGAAUAAGUGUUGAGAGCCAUGAUUUAUGUCCCAGGCAACAACAAUGAUCGCAAUUACAAUACUGACAGUUUUGAUUUGUUGGCAACAAGACCAUGUGUCACAGAAUCGUGACAUUGCUUAAUGUAAGGUAGUUAUGUACCAAAGACAAUCGAAACAUAUCCAAAAACUAUCACUAAUAGAUUUCUUUUUUAAAAACCUGGCAGGAUCUAUUCAUUAGUGCAUUAUAUCCAUUAUUAUUCUAUUCAUUUUAGCUUCAUAUAUAAUGGGGUAUCUAUUUCAUGAAACAAUGUUGUAUCAAUCACACAGCAAAUAAUAAUUUCCUGUCGUAAUAUAACAAUCCUGACUUCCAGUAUUGUACCUGUGUACAUGAACUUACUUACAUGAUUACUACUUACAGAAUUCAUUUAAUUCCCCAAAUCAUAAAUAGUUCAUGUAAAUAUUUGCCAAGUAUCAAUUAUCCACAAUCCACAUCUGUAUGAAUAUUAAUUCAAUUUUAUCCUAUUGAAACGAUACAUACAACACUGUAAUAACUCUUCGCCAUAUACAUAUAUUAUAUAAUACCGCAUAAUGUAAAAUAAUGUUAUAUUUUGAGUCAUAAUUUACGACAGCAUAUAUUUAUCGUAAACUAAUUUGGUCCCCCGGUAUUCGUCUACAUUAUUCAUUAAAUCGACCUUUUAAUACCAAUAAGCCCAAGAAUGAGUAUCUACUAUAAUAUUAUGAAAUUAUCUUGCAAUGAUGAUGUAUUAUUUCAUAACAUACACAAGGAUUAUUUAUGUGAGUUUUCAGUAAUUUAUAUUUUCUUUGUCAUGUAUUGUAUGGUUUCUGCUUCUUUUUAGUUUAGUGUGGUUUACAAUAAAAAAUGUUUUAAUUUAGUCUUAGCCUUAUGAGUAUUGCUGAAAGCACAGUGUAAGGCCUACACGGACCGCCUCUAACUAGCCAAUCCCUGUUUACAUGCCGUGUAGCAGGGGACUAGAAAGAGCUAAACUAGUAAGCGGGGCAUAGCCAAUACACUAUACUUCCAUCAUUGAGUAUAUUACCAAUUAUAAUUAUUUAUACUUUUGUUCACUUUUACACAUUUGCUCACAUCACUCACAGUCAGCCGCUCUGACAUGGUUGACCACCUUCUUUGUAUUGUUCGUUAAUCAUAUGAGUGGGAUAUAAAUACCUCAUUUCAUUUCAUUGAUAUGUUUAACUCAUUUGUGUUUUCAGCCUAAAAAUUGCGUUCCAAUAUUUACAAAUCAGUAAAUUUCGGUAAAAUCAAUAUUUUGACACUUCUUAUUCUAAACACUCAAAGAUUAGAUACAAAUAUUAGUUUAAAGUUCCCAGUAUUUCAACAAAGCACAAAACACAACACACAACACCCAAAACCACCUGCAGUAGUUGAUGUCAUUCGCUGCUCUCCAAGUAGCAGCAUACGAGAAACAGUACAAAAGAGAUCAGCAGAUGAUUAGAGCUACUCCCGCUGAUAACAUGAAUAGAACACGUACUGCCAGUUCCGCUUCUGAGAAGUCUGCUCCUCCCAGUAAAGUCAUGAUUAAAGAGGCAAAUACUCAGUUGAUGUUAAUGUUUGAGAAGAUUUCUACUCUACAAUCUGAAGUGGAUUCUAAAGAAAUAGCGCUCGACGAUAUGACCACUAAAUAUAAUGGCAGUAACAAAUCUGUUAAAUCCCUGUCUGAUAGGGUUAGAGAGCUAGAAACACAAAGUAUCGAGAAGGAUAAAGCACACAACGCACAAUUGGUAUCAUAUCAACAACAAUGUCAGAAUCAGCUAAAUGUAAUGAAGGAGCAAUGUAAACUUCAGAUGAAAGAAAUGAACGAAUACGUAACCAAGAACCAAACGAAAGCUCAGAAUGAGCUAUCCGAUCAUCAAAAUUCCACCAGAGUGUGGCAGGACGAACGGAAAAUGUUUGAGGAAUCUAUUGCCAAGCUUGAUGGGCUGGUGACAACCUCAAUUGCUGAAAGUGAGAAGCUAAAAAAGAGUAUUCUAAGUUUGGAACAACUAAACAGUCAACUGAAGACGGAGCUCGAAAACAAGACUACUUUGGAACAGCGAAUAGCAACAAUCGAAGAGGAGAACAGUAAACUAAAAACAGAACUGGACCAAAAGAUUCUGGGCUAUCAGCAAGAUCUAUCAAGUUUCCAAGACGAGAACAGUCAGCUUAAACAAGAUCUCAAAGAAAAGGACAACAAGUUUUCAUUACUGCUGUCAACAGAGGAAUCACUACUUAAUCUUGUCAGUCUAAUCGGAGAUAUAAAGUCACUCUCAACCCAAUCCGAAGAACAAGAGAAGCCUCCUUCAUCCGAAGAAGCGGCAGCAACUGAGCUGGAGAUAAAUGAAGAUGAAGUAGAAGAAUUAAAGGACUAUGUAGAUUCAGAAGAUGAUAUCGCGGGGACCGCGCAAGAAGCCACCGAACCAGAGCAGGAGCCAAUUCCAGAACCGCAGGAGCCAAUUCCAGAACCACAGGAGCCAAUUUCAGAACCACAGGAGCUAAUUCCAGAACCACAGGAGCCAAUUCCAGAACCACAGGAGCCAAUUCCAGAACCACAGGAGCCAAUUUCAGAAGCGCAGGAGCCAAUUCCAGAACCACAGAUCGAAUGUGUUGAAACCUCAGAAGGAAUCGAGAAAGAUGAAUCACCUGAGAGUAAAGAUGAGUUACCAGUUGAAGAACCAAAAGUAGCAGAGCAGUCGACAGAGCAAGAAGUUGUGGAAGAAGUUGUUCAAGUCGAAGAAACUCAUCUUGAAGAUAACGAACCCCAACCGGAAACUUUAGAAGCUGAUGUGGCUACUGAAGAACCUGAACCGCAAGAAAAUGAGUCAGAUCAGUCUGCUGACUCCCCACAAUCAGAUCAAAUUCAGCAGUUUGAGAUGGUUGAAACACCAGAUACCCAACCCGAAAAUCUCGCCGCAAGCUCGUCUGGAAGUUCCUUCAUCAACGUACCUUCAUCCGGCAGCUCUUUUGUCAACGUUCCCUCCUGUUCGGAAGUGGACAGCUACCAAGAUAUCUCCACAGUCUCGUCUCCAGACACAACUCCUUCCUCUCCCAACCGCUCCCACACUAGCACUCCCACCGGGAUUCUGGACGAGGACCAGGAAGGAGCUGACUACGAGUUGGAGCCGGAAGUUCCUGAAACACAAGUGGCAGAGCCGGAGCUAGAAAUCCCUCAAGCGCAGGAGUCAGAACAAGGCCGCUGAGUCGCAGCAAGAUCCUCCUGCUGCAGAAGAGGAAUCAGAGAUCACAGUUACAGCGGGAGAGAAGAGCGAAGAAAUAGUCAGCGAGGAGAUCGUUGAAGAGGCAGGUCAGGAGAAGCUAGCUGAAACAGAACAGGCUGAAAUAGUUGAUGAACCCGCAGUAACCGAAGAAGUAGUAAAUGAACCUGAAGUAAUCGAUACACCUGAAGAGGAAGAUAGUUGCUGUGCUGCUGAUCCACCCACUGAGGAACCAGCGGUUUUGCCAGAAGAAACACCCAAGGAUGAACCAACACCCGAAUUAGAACCAGUCUCUGAAACUACCGAAGCCCCACCCUCAGCUGAACCAGCUAUUCCAGAGCACACUCCUACCCCUGCAAAGGCACCCCAACCAUCAACUCCAGCUAAACCAGGGUUUAUCUUCACUGUUAACCCUAGUAUUGUACCUGGGUCCAUCAUCAGAACACCUGAAAGGCCCAGUAGCAAACCUCAUGCUUCACUCUACGAAGAAACUGUUGUCGGAACGGCCGAAAUAUGAACUGGACUUUGAAUUUUGUUGUUUGAAACCUCUUGGAUUUUUUUUCUUCGAAUGAAUUGAUACUGAUUGCUGGGGUUUAUGAAAAUUUAUGUAUAGGGCCCUGCAGGGGGCCGUUAUAAGCUCUUAUGAUUAUGCUUUUUAGUCUAUUUUCGUAGUAAAGUGUCCGUUUGUUUUCGUAAGCUAAAUUUUGUGUAAUACCGCUUUUGCGCCUUUAAAUACUGCAUGCCAAUUUUCAAUAAAGAAAUUUUAACGCGAAUUGCAGGCAAUUUCGUUGCCCAUGGCUACUAGCUACAUAUUUCAAAUUGAACUAUCGAGAUUGAGAUGUUGGUAUGAUCAAUUUGCGAACCGUAACAUUUAAAUUAAAUUUGGUUUGUAAUACAUUGCAUGAUACUUAUUAAACCCGAUAUUGAUAGAUUUAAAAAAAAGCAGCGAGGUUUAAAAUAUGGCGGAUUAUGAAUAUGAUGAUCAAGAGUUUUGUCAAGUGUCAAGAAAAGUUUUUCAACGCAUGAUUAAGAUAAUUGUUUAAAGAAUGUAUGUGAUUAAUUUAUUUUAUUACAAAGGUUGACUGUUUUUAUACAAGUCUCACAUUGCUUUAUUUCAAAA